AUGAGUUAUUACGGCAGCUACUAUAGAGGGCUGGGCUAUGGCUAUGGCUCUAGUUAUGGAUGUGGAUGUGGCAACUAUCAUGGCCUAGGUCAUGGCUUUGGUGGAUUGGGUUGUGGAAGCCUGGGCUUUGGUGACUAUGGCUAUGGCUGCUAUCACAGCCCAUCUUACUGUGGAAGCGAGCUACUUGGCAGCCACUAUGGAGGCCUGGGCUAUGGCUAUGCUCUGGUUAUGGUUAUGGAUGGCCUAGGCUAUGGUUUUGAUGGCUUUGGCAGUGAAAGUUUGGGCUAUAGUGGUUUUGUCAAAUUUUCCUGCUGUCAAAGCUACUACGGAAGCUACUAUGGAGGUCUGGGCUAUGGCUAUGGCUCUCGUUAUGGCUGUGGAUGUGGCAGCUACCGUGGCCUAGGCUAUGGCUUUGGCAGCUGUGACUUUGGAGGAUUGGGCUAUGGUGGUUAUGGUUAUGGCUGCUGUCGCCCAUCUUGCUGUGGAAGAUAUUCUUCCUAUGGCUUUUACUGA